AUGCCCGUUGCACGCCUUGUGGAGCAGCCAUCACGAGUACUCGUGAGCGGAGGCUCGUACGCCGGCCUAUCGGUUGCGUUGAAUCUUCUCGAUCUCUGUAAUGGCUUGCCGUCUCGCUUUACUGGAGAAAAAGCAGCUCCGGAUACCUCCAAGCAAGUACCACUCGAAAUUACAAUAGUAGACGAGCGCGAUGGGUUCUACCACUUAAUCGGCACUCCGCUGGCAUUUGCAUCUACGGAAUACGCUACAAAGGCUUGGACGCUCUUCCAAGACAUUCCCGCUCUCCAAACACCUGCUUUCAAGUUUGUCCGGGGCAGCAUAACUGGCGUCGACAGUGAGAAAAAGUUCGCGACAAUUGCUGAGCACGGCUCACAGCGAGAUGUCCAAAUUCCAUACGACUACUUUGUCGCCGCCACUGGACUGCGACGAGAGGCACCAGCGGCACCGCAGACACUCUCCAAAAAGCAAUACAUUGUAGAGACGACGAAUCAUAUACGAACCGCCCAGGCAGCGACGGAGGGGGUCAUUGUUGUCGGUGCUGGCGCCGUCGGCAUUGAAAUAGCCGCGGAGUUGAAACUUCUCAUGCCUGAUGUAAACGUCACUUUGAUACACUCACGAUCGAAACUACUCUCAUCCGAGCCACUGCCCGAUGAGUUCAAGGAUCGUGCACUACAGCUGGUGCAUGAGGCAGGAGUGAGAACAAUCCUGGGUGUUCGGGUCGUUGAUACGAUAGAGAAUAAGACCUCUGGGUCCGAGGUUCUACUUUCUGAUGGCCGUCGGGUCAAAGCUGACUUGGUCAUAAAUGCUGUUUCUAAAUUCCACCCAACCACUACAUACCUCCCAUCUACGGUUCUGGAUGAUGAUGGCUACGUGAAGAUUACACCGAGUUUGCAAUUCAACAGCGACAUUCCAAAUGCCUAUUACCAUCACGCCACUGGCGAUAUCGUAUCCUGGUCUGGCAUUAAACGUUGUGGUACUGCUAUGCAUCAAGGUCUAUACACGGCCGCAAAUAUACACCAGAAGAUGCUAGCAAAUAUUCGAAAUAUCACGCCAGUAUACAAAGAAUUAGCUUCCGACAUACCGCCUAUGAUGGGGCUUGCAGUCGGCACGCAGGCCGCUUCGUAUGGACCUCCUGAUAACAGCGUUUCUUCAGGAGAGGAUGUGAUGCAAAUGUUCUUUGGAAAUGAUCUUGGUUUUACCAUCUGCUGGAACUAUAUGCACCUCGGAGAUGCUCCCUUCAAGGUAGAACCUACAUUUUUCGCCCCAGAAGAGGACUGUAGGUUGACCCAGUCUCUAGCCAGCGAGCCAAUCUGCGCCUGA